UUGCGCGUGCGCCGCCGGCGUGAUAGGCGUGCGCUUCAUCUAGUGAUUGAGAAUUGUUUGAUAAUGUGAUUUUCAAAAUAUUUUGCGCAAGUCAGAGGUCAGAAUAGCCUCAGCGCAAUCAAUCUACAAAAUGGAGUGUUACACGUCGGACAGCUGCGACAGUGAUAGCAGAGAACAAAAAACUCUCGAUUUAUCUUGCCAGUUAUUGGAGUCUAUCGCCUUAUCGGCUGAGCUAAGAGGCAUUGUUGAUGAAAAGGACUGUGCAAAAAGUUACGAGAUAAUUCUGCUCUACAACAACAGAAUAAAGACUCUACCAGACACACUAAACAGGUUUUGCAACUUGAAGAUAUUGGAUGUGAGCAAUAAUAGGCUUACAAGUUUACCUGAUGUGCUCAAGAAUUGUCCACUCACUACACUCAUAGCAAAACACAAUCAGCUGACAAAUGAUUCGUUACCAAAAAGCUUUUACUCCGCUAGAACUACAUUAAAGGAACUUAACUUGAGUGGAAAUCAACUAAAUGUCUUCCCAGAACAAGUGUUAGAAUUAUGUUCGCUUAAGUAUCUCUAUCUUGGGGGCAACAACAUAGUCAAUAUACCAAAGGAUAUAUGGAAAUUAAACAGUUUACAGAUUCUUUCAGUUGGAGGUAACCAAAUAGUAGAUGUUCCGGAUUCAGUUGGAAGACUAAGAACCCUGCAAGCACUGGUUUUAAGUGACAACCUCAUAGAACAACUACCUGCUAGUAUCGCGAACUUGAAACAAUUGCGUUCCUUGCUAUUGCACAAAAACCGCCUAAAGACUCUUCCUACUCAAAUAAUCAAAUUAACUUGCCUCACAGAGUUGAGUUUACGUGAUAAUCCUCUUGUGGUUCGGUUUGUUCGUGAUAUGACUUUGGAACCACCCUCGUUGUUGGAGCUUGCAGGCCGUACCAUAAAACUACAUGAUAUACCAAUACGUAUGGGAGAUAUACCAACAACCUUGAUCAACUAUUUGAACGCUGCACAAUGUUGCGUCAAUCCUAAAUGUCGAGGUGUUUAUUUCGACAACCGUGUGGAGCAGAUAAAAUUCGUCGACUUUUGCGGGAAAUACAGAAUUCCGCUGCUUCAAUAUUUGUGCAGCUCCAAAUGUAUAACAGGCAGUUGGGAAAGUCGAGAAUUGGAAUAUCCUUAUCCACACAUGAUGCAAAAAGUCCUUCUCGGAUAAUUUCAUUUAUGUUACCUAUCAUCAGUUAAUCCUUUACAUAUUCUAAAUGAUUCCUCCAUUUUAAUAUUGCCAUUGUUAUGUUUAAUAUAUGUAUAUUUUUUUAUUGUUAUUUCUUUUUAUUUUCAUAAGAAUACAUAAGCAUGUUAUGAUAUUAUGUAAAUGUGCUAAAUAAAAGGUUACAGAUAAUAAUUAUGUAAUCUCUUUAUUUCUAUUAAAAGUCUUCCAUUACUACAUUAUUUUA